CGAGCCCCACGUCUGCGCGGUACUAUUGCGUCACAGCCUGCAACUCUCGCGAUCCCAGAGCUUUUCAGUCAGUUAUGGCGGACUCCUGCUUACAGCUUACCGCAACAUAUUAGCCAGCCUUUACAUUCGAGCCAGGAAGCCUGCAUGGUCUAGCAGCCUAACAGGUUUCAAACAAAGUUCGGGGAGAAAACACCUUCCAAGCAGUCAGUCCAGACUCGAGAACAACUGUGUAGCCAAGGGAUACAUUUGCUAAGACCUUUAACCCUUGGAGAGAGCUACACCGGGCAGCCUGCUUGAUCCAUCCGGCCAGCCAAUCAUGCGCUAGCUUACAUCUGCCUGUUCCCCGCCCCCUUACCUUUCGGAAGGCGCCACUGCGUGUUGCUUUGUUCAAACUUAAUCAUAGACUACUUCGCUUCUGGGCUGCAAUUCAUUCAGCACAUACAUUCGCUUACUGCUUGUCUCAUCCAUCAUCUUUCUGUGUGCGUCUUAAUUGUGUGUGCCGAAACCCAUCUUCAGUCCCUGACAUACACUGAAAGAAGACUGAUUCACUGUUGAACGUGCUCUGAAAACCGAAGUUUCAGAAACGUGAAGCUCUGAACUGCCUACUUAGAACUGUUAAAAGACUCCGUAUUUGGCGUUUAUCAGAAACUGUUUUCAAGUAACAUUCGUAAAGAAAAGUCAAGAUAUUCUUCACGAAUUUUAAGGUCUGGGCCCACGCAAACUAAUCCUGUCCCCUAACUGCAUAACGAAUCCUGUAGUCUGAAGACCGCCAGGCACUGCAUUAGAACAGCACAUAGUCUUGAACCUCCACAUGAAUUUAUAGAAUAUGUGUAACAUUAUAUCCAUAACUAGUGUCUAGCUCCUUCCAAGAAGGGGGAGAUCACAGUAUAUAGAUAUUGCGAACCAAAGUAGUUUUCUACGAUUGUGCAGGAACUGCAAGAAAUCAGGGACUCCUCUGUCCAACUGGCGGUGGUCUCUUGGGAAUAAGGUGAUAUUUUAUGGUCCAGUGAUAUUAAUAGUAUAUUAACCUUAAUAUUUUAUUCGUUACUAGUCUUCAUUUGCCAUUCAUAUUAAGAAAAUAUAUAUAUAAAACUCGUUCCAAGUGCAGAGAAUUACUGUCUAUAAAUAUUGAGCAUAUUUAAACAUUUACUAGUUGAUGCAAUCAACAAGUUAAGAAGCACUGAGUGCAGAAAUACAUGCCAGUUUUGCAGCAUCGGUUUUAAAAGUGUGUGAUUUUUAAGAGAAGAAAGAACUUUUAAUGAACUAUAUUAAUGAAAUAUAACCUGCGUGUUUGUAUGUAUUGACACGCACUUGUAUAAAUAAAUAUAUAUAUUUUUUGUGUAUGUACUGAAGAACAUCGUAACAUCGACCGACAAAGAAGUCACCUCCAUCUCCGUUCUACUAAAACUGUUGCGGGUCCUGUAAUUCAAUUAACAAGGAAACAGUUUGUCCCUCCAUAUAAAGUAAAAUAAACGAAGACACACCAUUCUCAAUUCAUAGGAUUCAUAUUUUAUUCGACAACAUCGACGCUUCAACUUUCGUCAUUCUGUUUCCCGGAGGCCUAGUGAGCAAUACGCCCCCUCCUGCGCCCCCCAACCCUCCAAGUUCCCCCUUACCCCAAACUACGGCGGCAGUAGGCACCAGUAUGGCCAUGGUCAACAUGAACAACUUGCUUAACGGGAAGGACUCUCGCUGGCUGCAGCUCGAGGUUUGCCGAGAGUUCCAGCGAAACAAGUGCACCCGACCCGACACCGAGUGCAAGUUCGCUCACCCUCCGGCCAACGUGGAGGUGCAGAACGGGCGUGUCACCGCCUGCUACGACAGCAUCAAGGGUCGAUGUAAUCGGGAGAAGCCACCAUGCAAGUACUUCCAUCCUCCACAACACCUCAAAGAUCAGUUGCUGAUCAAUGGACGGAAUCAUCUUGCCUUGAAGAAUGCUUUGAUGCAGCAGAUGGGGUUGACCCCACCAGGUCAACCUUUGAUUCCUGGACAAGUUCCUGCUGUGGUUGACGGGAAGUUGCAGUUUACUACCCCACUGAUGCUUGGGCAGCCUUUAAUGCAGGCAACCAACCCGUACCUGACUGGGAUGCCUCAGGUGGGCAGCACUUUUAGCCCAUACUUCACACCAGGGCCUGUAAUGCCAGCUAUCUUGGGGCCUGAUCCAACAUCUGUGGGCUCUCCUCUCAGUGUGGUGCCUCAGACAGUCGUCACACAGCAGAAGAUGGCUCGCUCUGACAGGCUUGAGGUCUGUCGCGAGUACCAACGAGGGGCGUGCAAACGUGCUGAAAGUGAGUGCCGCUUUGCGCAUCCCCCCGACACCGUGACGGCCAACGAAGACGGCACAGUCACGGUCUGCAUGGACGCAGUGAAGGGGCGAUGCAACCGCGACCCUUGCCGCUAUUUCCACCCCCCUCUGCACCUCCAAGCCCAUAUCAAGGCCGCACAGUCUCGGGCCAGCCCGCCCGUUUCCGUGGCAACCGUUGGCGGCGUGGAAGUGGGGAAGAAACGUGCCCGUGACCCUAGCGAUGACAUACUACUGAUGGAUAUGAAGUCUGUUGGAUCAUUCUACUAUGAAAGCUUUGCCUUCCCUGGGAUGGUUCCAUAUAAGCGACCAGCAGCUGAUAAGUCUGGAAUGCCUGUGUACCAGCCCAGCGCAACGACGUACCAACAGUUGAUGCAGCUGCAGCAGCCUCCAUUUGUCCCGGUGUCAUGUGAGUACUCGACUCCCCCUGCAACAGUCACUAGCUCCUCCCUAAGUCCUGCCACACCCAGCUGCUCUUCAGUGGCAAGCAGCAGUGGGGGUGCUACAGAAGUGGGUAAAGUGGUGGUAACAGAGCUGGAGGAGACAAAUUCCCCGGUGGCAACUGAUAAGCUCCCUCAAGGCAGCAAACCCCAAAUAUCAGUGACAAUCCCAGCGCUCCCUGCUCCCAGCUCAAACCAAGCCGCUGCUCCUAUGGAUGUAUCCGCCGCUGCCGCUGCCAAGGAAGCGGCCCAACAGAGUUAUGCCAAAGCUGUCAAGUUGGCAGCUGCUGCAGCAGCUGUAUCCAAUUCCUUAAGCAUAAAUCCUCUCAUGGCUCUGAAUUAUACUGGUGUCGCUCUCAAUAAACAGGCCAUGGCCGUGAUGCCACCUCCCCCUCGUUAUGCUCCACAUGUUUCUGGUCUAAGCAUAACCCCCACAACUCAACUCCCGUCUCAGUUCUCAUCUCAGUUCUCGUAUUGUCAAAGCCAACCAAACCUGUUGACAUACAACAGGAUCCCACCACCUCCAACAACACUCAUGUCCCCAUAUUCCUUUUUUCGUCCCCAGAUGAUGCAUGCUGCACCCUAUACGAUGGUCCCACAACCUCCUCCUACUGCUGUAGUUGGCAAUGGAAUUUUAAACAAUAUGAUGGCACAGUACAAUCCUCUAGCCACUAGCACAAACAAUAACAAUAUAAUUACUGGUGUGGCAUUGCAGCCAUACAAGAAAAUGAAAACAACCUAAGAUGCACGUUGACUUUCUCCUCUUGUUAAUUCAUUUUAAGGAAGUCCCUUUCUAGUCAAAAUUAUUGUCUGAAUUUGUUCAGUAUUCAAAUACUAAAUCUUUGAGAAAAGCUAGUAGUGUACGUUGGUACACUGUUCAGAGGACCAAAACUCGAGUGCCUGAGUGUGGAGGGGCCUGAUGUGCGUUGCUGUCUGGGGGACCUUAGGAGAUGCAAAGGGUUUCUGUGGCUCCGGUCACACCGAUAUCGUAACAAGUAACCAAUCUGUGAUAACAUAACCUGUCAGUCACAUGAUACUGUUUGCCUCACGGUAUGACUGUGGUGGCGCGCGUGAACAGUCGUCCACACGUUGUAACUUAGUUCCUUGAAUGAGUUAAAUUCAGAAGUACAUUUAUGUAUAAUAGAGUCUGAACUCUGCGCUCUUUCGGAAAGGCCUGAUCUUUCUUACGUGUAACUGGGAAACAACUUCAUUGUAAAGUUGUAAGUACCUUGUUUCAUUAGGAAGAUAACUCUUUAGGCAUGCAGUGGGAAAUUCCAUUUCGUAAAUUCUGUAGAAGCAUAGCAUGGUAGAUCUAUAAACAUUGUAUACUUUUCAGUGCUAUUAGUUAGUGCCACUGUAGUGUCAUCUUCUGUUUUUAUUGGAUUUUAACCCAAGAAUACCCUUGCAUAUAGUCGAAAGUAUAAUUGAAAUUUGUUAACUCUGAUGGUUGCAGAUCUGAGUAACUUUGUCAGCAAAGUGCUUGAUGUUCAAGGGUUUCCUGGGUUAUGCAUAUUCCAUAUUCACUUUUGCCAGUUAUGCCUGGCUGUGUAUUUACUUAUUCAUUUAAUAAUGUAGUUGUAUUACUCUGUAAUUCUCAUUUAUUUUUAGUCAUUCCCAGUAUGGGAAUCUUUUAUCUUAUUGUUACGUAGAAAGCUUUUAUAUUUGUAGUCAAGUUUGAGAACUGUAUGUCUUCCUGAUUUUUAUUGGGCAGUUCCGCAGAUAAAUUGUUGAUUGUGAUUACAGAAUGCCCAUUUUAAUUUGUUGAUUUUAACAUGUUUAUGUAUGAAAUGAAUGCAUACAGUUCUUUGUAUUAUGUGUUCCUAUGUUAGUAAUGAACUAGAUAAUACUUUUAAUGGAAAAUGAAUGACUGUUCCAUGGUCUGAGGACCCAUGUUUAAAUUUAUCGUUAUAAUGACGGUGGUGAAUUACAUUACUGAUACUAAUAUCUCUUAAUUAGAAUUUAUGAAAAUACUAUUACACAAUAUAUUAUGAAAUGUGUAUUAUAAUAUUUAGUUAUGAAAACUGUUUGCAUUUUAAACAAGAUCAAAAAUAUAGAAGAGUUUAGUUUCUGAUUUUCUUAAAUUAUGCUGUAUACUGUAUUCCAAGAGAAGUAGCUCAGAAGGUCAGGGGCUGUAAUAAGGUGAUCAAUUAAUUGUGGAAGUGCUCGCACUGAAGUGACAGUCGUUGCGGGCAUUUGGUCACGCCACAACAUAGUUAUUUAGCUUCGUCUCCAACGCAUAUGAAGAAAGUGCCUUCUGCUACUGUCCUGUACUGAUUUUUAAAGGAUUUGGGUUUAAUUACGAUCUGCCUGACUUGUCACGCUUAUUUGCCAUAGCAAACACUGAGUUUUGAUUGUAUUCCAUACAACUGUGUAUUGUACUGUCUAAUCCUGCUGAUCUUUGUAUGUAAAGAAACAAACGACAAACACCAGCCAGUAUUUGUAAUAAUAAUGCUUGGAAAUGCAUGA